AGAGAGAGAGAGUGAGAGGGGGUGACCAAAAUAUAAGAGGCUAAGGUUGAAGCGGGACCAGUAGCCAGCCCGCCAUUAAUGCCACCAUCCUCCCCCCUUCCCUCGAUCUCCUUCAUCUCUCUCUCUCUCUCCUUCCCUUGCGGCGAACGCUGAGCCUCCCCCGCAGCUCAAAUCUCUCUCUCGCUCUACCUUGCUCUUGCUCUGUUUCUCCCCUUUGCUUCUUCCUCCAAUCCUUUCUGUCCUUUCAUCUUUUACUUCUCCGGUGGAUAUCUGUAGUUUGGCGUUCGUUUCGGUUCACAGAGGUAGAGGUGGAGUUGUUGAUGAUGUGUUCCAGGGCGAAGAGUUUCAGCGAAGGAAGAGAAGAACCAAAGGAGAACUGCGCAUUCUUGGGAGUAAUUUCUAUGGGGCUUUGUUUGAGUGCUCGAAUCAAAGCUGAGAGCCCGUGUCACACAGGGGCAAAUUCGAAAUGUGUCAGCACAGAUGGAAUUGAUCUAAGCAAGGUUUCGUCACCCUCGGUACCUCCAACUCCUCGGAGUGAGGGUGAGAUCUUGCAGUCCUCCAAUUUGAAGAACUUUACUUUUGCCGACGUCAAAAUGGCCACAAGGAAUUUCCGCCCUGACAGUGUAUUAGGGGAAGGUGGUUUUGGUUCAGUUUUUAAGGGUUGGAUUGAUGAACAUUCAUUUGCCGCUGCCAGGCCUGGAACUGGUAUGGUUAUUGCUGUGAAAAGGCUUAACCAAGAAGGUUUCCAAGGGCACAAGGAGUGGCUGGCAGAAGUGAAUUAUCUAGGGCAGCUUUACCAUCCUCAUCUUGUGAAACUGAUUGGAUAUUGCUUGGAGGAUGAGCAGCGGCUGCUAGUGUAUGAGUUCAUGCCUCGGGGCAGCUUGGAGAAUCACUUGUUCCGAAGAGGCUCUUAUUUCCAACCCCUUUUGUGGAACCUCCGCUUGAAGGUUGCCCUUGGGGCUGCAAAGGGGCUUGCAUUUCUUCAUAGUGCUGAAACACAAGUAAUAUACAGGGACUUCAAAACUUCUAAUAUCCUGCUGGAUUCGAACUACAAUGCAAAGCUUUCUGAUUUUGGUUUGGCCAAGGAUGGGCCAACAGGUGAUAAAAGCCAUGUCUCCACCAGAGUCAUGGGGACCUAUGGUUAUGCAGCUCCUGAAUAUCUAGCCACUGGUCGCCUAACUACGAAAAGUGAUGUGUAUAGUUUUGGGGUUGUUCUUCUAGAAAUGUUAUCUGGGCGCAGGGCAGUGGACAAGAAUCGGCCGUCUGGAGAACACAACCUGGUGGAAUGGGCAAAGCCGUAUCUGGCCAACAAGCGUAAGGUCUACCGAAUCAUGGAUAACCGCCUUGUAGGUCAGUACUCCAUGGAUGGAUCACAAAAGGCAGCUAAUCUUGCAUCCCGAUGCCUAUCUACAGAAGCCAAAUUCAGGCCAAACAUGGAUGAGGUUGUGAUGGAAUUGGAACAGCUCCAGGAAUCCAAGGGACCUGGAAGCGCUGACCCCAAUUUGGGCAAUCGUCCAAGGCCUCGUAGACGAAGUGCCGAUGAUGCUCGCAGUGGAAAAACUGCUGCUGCUGCCGGCGCUUAUCCCCGGCCAUCUGCUUCCACCCUUUACCAUUAGAAGGGAACCAGAAAACUUAGAAGGAUCUACUUUUUUUGUUCGUAGCAUUGGAAAGCAAAAUACAUACUGAAGGAGGUUUGGUGGUGAUUGAUCCAUCUCAGCAACACGAGGGUCACUGGAUUCUACUUUAUUUCUUCAAAAUGACUGUACAGUUCAUGUUUCAGCUAUAGCUAAUGUGUUCAUAAUUGGCAUCUAUGCAUACAACUUCCAGGUGAGCUUGAAAUGUCAGUAACCAGCCCCAAGUUGUUCAGCUUGAAGAAUGGGGCAUGCAAGUGUUUUGCACAGCUAGAGUUAUAGCUUCGCUUCCUUUUUGGAAUGGGUGUACCUGUUCUGUAUUUAUAUUUUUUUUGUCUCUCAAAGCUGAGUUUGUCCAAUCUUACACGUUGUAGUUUGUUGUAAUAUGUCAACUGCGGUCUUUGCAGCAAGAAUGACGAUGGAAUUUAGUUAUUGAUAUAUAUAUAUAUAUAUAUAUGUAAUAUGUAUGACUA